UCCUUGAAGGACCCAGUGAUGUCCAUCCGAAUGACUAGCGACCUGAUUUCUAUCCAUGUAGUGGUGUAAUAGUAUUCUUUUUAAUAUCUCUUCCAUCCUCAUGAAAGUCAAGGUUUAGGGCUGCUGCGAAAAAAGCACCCACUUUUCCUAAGCGACAGUCAGCAUAUGGGCCAUAUUGAUGUACUGGUAAGAGGAUAUUAAUACCACUUGGCUGAGUUCCUGGAGCCAUGUUUCUGUACAAUCUCACCCUUCAGAGGGCUACGGGUAUUACUCAUGCUAUCCAUGGCAACUUCUCAGGAACCAAACAGCAAGAGAUUGUUGUUUCUCGAGGGAAGAUCCUUGAGUUGCUUCGUCCAGAUGCCAACACUGGAAAAGUGCACACACUGCUCACAAUGGAGGUUUUUGGGAUUGUCCGGUCACUUAUGGCCUUCAGGUUGACUGGUGGAACCAAAGAUUACAUUGUGGUGGGAAGCGACUCUGGAAGAAUUGUUAUCUUGGAAUAUCACCCAUCUAAGAAUAUGUUUGAAAAGGUCCACCAAGAGACUUUUGGAAAAAGUGGUUGUCGGCGCAUUGUCCCAGGACAGUUCUUGGCUGUUGACCCCAAGGGAAGGGCUGUAAUGAUAGGUGCCAUUGAGAAGCAGAAGUUGGUGUACAUUUUAAACCGAGAUGCAGCUGCACGACUCACUAUUUCCUCACCUUUGGAAGCCCACAAGGCCAAUACAUUGGUAUACCAUGUAGUAGGAGUUGAUGUUGGCUUUGAAAAUCCUAUGUUUGCUUGUCUUGAGAUGGACUAUGAGGAAAGCGAUAAUGAUCCAACAGGGGAAGCUGCUGCAAAUACCCAGCAAACCCUGACCUUUUAUGAACUGGAUCUUGGCCUGAAUCAUGUGGUGCGGAAAUAUAGUGAAGCACUGGAAGAGCAUGGCAACUUUCUAAUUACAGUCCCGGGAGGUUCAGAUGGACCCAGUGGAGUUCUGAUCUGCUCAGAGAACUACAUUACAUACAAGAACUUUGGAGACCAACCAGAUAUCCGCUGCCCCAUUCCCCGUCGGAGGAAUGACCUGGAUGAUCCUGAGCGGGGGAUGAUUUUUGUUUGCUCUGCUACACACAAGACCAAGUCAAUGUUUUUCUUCCUGGCUCAGACAGAGCAAGGGGACAUCUUUAAGGUUACUCUGGAGACCGAUGAGGAGAUGGUGACUGAGAUUCGCUUAAAAUAUUUUGACACAAUCCCUGUGGCGACAGCAAUGUGUGUGCUGAAGACUGGAUUCCUUUUUGUGGCAUCAGAGUUUGGAAAUCACUACUUGUACCAGAUUGCUCAUUUGGGUGAUGAUGAUGAGGAGCCCGAGUUUUCAUCUGCAAUGCCUUUGGAGGAGGGAGAUACGUUCUUUUUUCAGCCACGCUUACUAAAGAACUUGGUACUGGUUGAUGAAUUAGAGAGCCUGUCUCCUAUUAUGUGCUGCCAGAUCGCUGACCUGGCAAAUGAAGACACUCCUCAGCUAUAUGUGGCUUGUGGAAGGGGUCCUAGGUCUACACUGCGGGUCCUGAGACAUGGUCUCGAGGUAUCCGAGAUGGCUGUGUCAGAAUUGCCCGGUAACCCAAAUGCUGUUUGGACUGUGAGGCGACACAUUGAGGAUGAGUAUGAUGCUUACAUUAUUGUAUCAUUCGUCAAUGCCACAUUGGUACUCUCUAUUGGAGAGACUGUAGAAGAAGUGACAGAUUCUGGCUUUUUGGGUACCACUCCUACACUGUCCUGCUCUCUGCUUGGAGAUGAUGCACUGGUGCAGGUUUAUCCCGAUGGAAUAAGGCAUAUCCGAGCUGAUAAGCGAGUGAAUGAGUGGAAGACUCCAGGAAAGAAGGCAAUUGUGCGCUGUGCGGUUAACCAGAGGCAAGUGGUAAUUGCCUUGACUGGUGGCGAGCUAGUCUACUUUGAAAUGGAUCCAUCAGGUCAGCUGAAUGAAUAUACUGAGAGAAAGGAAAUGUCUGCCGAUGUGGUCUGCAUGAGUCUAGCCAAUGUGCCUCCUGGAGAGCAGCGUUCUCGUUUUCUGGCUGUGGGUCUUGUGGACAAUACAGUGAGGAUCAUCUCUCUGGAUCCUUCUGACUGCUUACAACCUCUCAGUAUGCAGGCCCUGCCUGCUCAACCAGAGUCUUUGUGUAUUGUGGAGAUGGGUGGCACAGAGAAGCAGGAUGAACUGGGAGAGAAAGGCAGCAUUGGCUUCUUAUACCUCAACAUCGGAUUGCAGAAUGGUGUCCUCCUGCGAACAGUGCUUGACCCUGUAACAGGUGAUUUAUCAGACACACGCACCAGAUACUUGGGAUCAAGGCCAGUCAAGCUUUUUAGAGUCAGAAUGCAGGGGCAGGAAGCUGUACUGGCCAUGUCCAGUCGUUCCUGGCUAAGCUACUCAUACCAAUCCCGUUUUCACUUGACACCACUUUCUUAUGAGACUCUUGAAUAUGCUUCUGGAUUUGCUUCAGAACAGUGUCCAGAGGGCAUUGUAGCCAUCUCCACCAAUACCCUAAGAAUUUUGGCACUGGAGAAGCUGGGAGCUGUGUUCAACCAGGUUGCUUUUCCUUUGCAGUAUACCCCAAGGAAAUUUGUAAUCCAUCCUGAGACCAACAGCGUGAUUCUUAUUGAAACUGACCAUAAUGCCUAUACAGAGGCAACAAAGGCACAACGGAAGCAGCAAAUGGCUGAGGAAAUGGUUGAAGCUGCAGGAGAAGACGAAAGGGAGCUUGCAGCAGAAAUGGCUGCUGCAUUCCUUAAUGAGAAUCUUCCAGAAGCAAUAUUUGGUGCACCUAAAGCUGGCAGUGGACAAUGGGCAUCUCUGGUUCGCUUAAUCAACCCUAUCCAGGGUGCUACUUUAGAUCUGGUUCAGUUGGAGCAAAAUGAGGCUGCUUUCAGUGUGGCUGUUUGCAAGUUUACCAAUGGUGGUGAUGAUUGGUAUGUGCUUGUGGGAGUGGCCAGAGACCUGAUUCUAAAUCCUCGCUCUGUUGGUGGAGGUUUUAUCUAUACGUAUAAAAUGAUAAAUGGAGGAGAGAAGCUGGACUUCAUGCACAAGACACCAGUCGAAGAUGUACCCUCAGCCAUUGCUCCUUUCCAGGGUAGGGCUCUUGUUGGAGUUGGUAAGCUACUGCGUAUCUAUGACCUUGGAAAGAAGAAACUGCUCCGAAAAUGUGAAAACAAGCAUAUUCCAAAUUUCAUCACUGGAAUCCACACCAUUGGGCAUCGCGUAAUCCUAUCGGAUGUACAGGAAAGCUUGUUCUGGGUUCGUUAUAAGCGCAAUGAGAAUCAGCUGAUCAUCUUUGCUGAUGACACACACCCGCGAUGGGUUACAACUGCCUGCUUACUGGAUUAUGACACAAUGGCAGCAGCUGACAAAUUUGGAAAUAUAAGCAUUGUACGCUUGCCUCCAAACACAAAUGAUGAUGUUGAUGAAGACCCAACUGGAAACAAGGCACUUUGGGACCGUGGUCUGUUAAAUGGAGCCUCUCAAAAGGCAGAGGUCAUAGUCAAUUAUCACAUUGGAGAGACAGAUCUGUCACUGCAGAAGACUACGUUGAUUCCAGGUGGUUCAGAAUCUCUAGUCUACACGACUCUCUCUGGAGGCAUAGGAAUCCUUGUCCCCUUCACUUCUCAUGAGGACCAUGACUUCUUUCAGCAUUUGGAGAUGCAUAUGCGGUCUGAAUUCCCUCCUCUCUGUGGACGUGAUCACCUCAGUUUCCGCUCAUAUUACUUUCCUGUGAAGAAUGUGAUUGAUGGUGACCUGUGUGAGCAGUUCAACUCCAUGGAUCCCAGCAAACAGAAGAGUGUGUCUGAGGAACUGGACCGGACUCCUCCUGAAGUCUCCAAGAAGCUAGAGGACAUUCGAACGCGCUAUGCCUUCUAAACUCACCCACCUGCGUGAUUGUUAAUGUGAAUUGACUUCCACAGCUUUUUAUUCUUUAUGUACAAAUUAACAAUUACGGCUAGACUUUUUUUUCAAAACGUCUCCCAGGACAUUUGAAAAUGAAUGGCAGUAGUUGAAUUUGACAGUAGUUAUGCAUACGCUCCAAGAGCGGCCCAGGAUUGCGAUUUCCAAAUGAAGAGUUCAUUGGUUAAUCUUGGAAAUACUUUUUGUAGAGGGAGGCAGGCAGGAAUUGCAGAGGGCUAUUUUGUGUGACACAAAGAUAAAUGUUAAUUCCAUUGCCAGCCUGGUCUCCUCUGCCCAAGACUGACCAACAUCCCAUGAAUUUCAUGGACUAUCGUGCAAAAC